AUGACGGACGAGGCCUGGGAUGGACUCCCUCAUUGGGAGCAGGAGCCAGAAGUUCCAGAAGAAUUUGUUACUUACCUGGAUGAAAACGUGCAGGCUGCGCUUCCCAAAGGUUCGGAAUUCCUCGAGAUCAGCUCUCAUGGGGCAAGCUUUUGGACGAGGACAGCCCGCGUUGUGAUGGAGGAGGAUGAACAAAUGACAUCGUAUUUCCUCAAGGUCUCGAUCGGCGAAGUAGGAAAAGGCAUGGUCAACGGAGAAUUCAUUUCCAUGAGCGCUUUGCACUCGACGCUUCCGGAGCUCGCGCCGAAGCCGAUUUCUUGGGGCACGUACAAGUCUAACGACAACAUACAUUUUUUCUUGUGUGACUUUCACGAGAUGGAUGACCAGCUGUGCUCUCUCGAGACUUUUCCCAAACUCGUCGCCGAACUUCAUACCAAAGGCAUUUCCCCCAACGGGAAAUUUGGAUUUCCCAUCACGACAUACCAGGGUCGCCUACCACAGGAUACGACGUGGUGCGAUACCUGGGAGGAGUGCUUCACGAGAAACAUUAACAUAAUGUUCGAACAUGAGCUCGCUUCACAGGGCUUAGAUAAUGAGUUCGCUGCCCUUAGGGAAAAGGUCAUGAUCCAAGUUGUGCCGCGACUCUUGCGACCCAUGGAAUUUGGCGAGAGGAAGAUCCUCCCUCGCUUGGUCCAUGGCGACCUAUGGGAAGGCAACACCGGAACAGAUCUGGAGACAGGCAUGCCGAAAAUAUUCGACGCAUGCUGCCUGUAUGCCCAUAACGAAUACGAGAUGUCACCGUGGCGACCUGUGAGGCAGAAGAUGGGAAAGCCGUACGUCAAGGCCUAUCUAAACCAUUUCACUGUCUCAGCUCCUGCUGAAGAUUUUGAUGGGCGCAACAUGCUCUAUGCCCUCCGUUUCAAUAUCUGUUCUUCCGCCUUGUAUCCCGGAAAUACCAACUAUCGGGAAUUAGUUCGAGGCGAGAUGAAGGAGUUGGUCGAACGUUUUGGCGAAGGAUUUGAGGGCUGGCUGCAGAAGCAAAAUGCAACGGCUGCCAAUACAAACACGGAGACCACAGGGGGCAUACUUGGGACAGGCCAGAUUGAAGAACGAGUAGCCGCGCAGCCGGUGUCGUCGAUUCCAGCAACUCAAGAAGUCGCAGCAGCAGGUAUGCGGGAAUGA